AUGGGGAGUUCAAGCUCAAAGAGUGCGAUGAAGAAAAACGGAAGUAGCAAAAACAACUUGACAACAACAACAGUGAACAAGUUCUCAGUGCUUGUUGUGGAUGAUGACCUUGUUAUUCAAAGAAUCCACAAGGUGUUUUUGAAUAGAUUUGGAUUUGAAACCCAAGUGGUUGGAAAUGGGAAAGAAGCUGUUGAUUUAUAUCGCUCUGGGGCUUCUUUCCAUUUGGUCCUUAUGGACAUGGAGAUGCCUAUCAUGGAUGGUCCCAAGGCAACAAGGGAGCUACGAGGCAUGGGAGUGAACAGCAUGAUUGUAGGGAUGACGUCGCGGGAUCGAGACUCGGAGAAGCAGGCAUUCAUGGGAGCUGGUUUGGAUGACUGUUAUAUGAAGCCAUUGACUGCUGAUACAAUCACCUCUCUUCUUCAACAACUCAACAUCAAGUACCAUUGAAAUAGUUUUGUUCGAUUGGCUAGCUCAUUUCUUUGCCGUUCCAAAAAAAAUAAAUGAGUUAUAAACCAAAUAGAUUAU